AUGAGCUGGUGCGUUCUGAGCUGGUGCGGUCUGAGCUGGUGUGGUCUGAGCUGGUGCGGUCUGAGCUGGUGCGGUCUGAGAAGUGAGCGUUAUCGAAGAGUGUAUGAGAAGGAGGAAGAAAGACAGGAAUCUGCUACCAAGGUGACCAGCGUGAGGAGGAAGAGGCACGAGCACAAGGCGAAGAGGAAGAAGCGAAACGGGCGACAAAAGCGAAGUAAAGCGCACUUGAGCCAGAGAAGGUGCAACGCAAUCAAUGGAUUGGCGUCAACAGACAGACAGGGUUCAAUCCGGCAUAUUUGCAACGGCGUUCCUAUCAGGAUAGGCAAAGAGAUGCUCGUGAAGAAUAAGCUUGUCCUCCAAGAGAAGGCACCGUGCGAGCAGCAAGCAAGCGCGACAUAG